ACUAACUUCGACCCUCACUUCGACCCGCUCCUUCUCAUACCCCGUGAUGAGGCGGCGGCGGCUCCUCACUUCGACCCGCUCCUUCUCAUACCCCGUGAUGAGGCGGCGGCGGCUCCUCACUUCGACCCGCUCCUUCUCCACUCGCUACAGCGGCCGAAUCGUCCGAGCCGACUCCUCCGGCGGCGCCCUCGCCGUCGAGGUCGACCCGCCGAACCUUCCCCGCGACGUCCGCGGACACCCCCUCCCACGUCGAGACCUCGUCUGCCGAGCCGCCCGCAUCCUCCGUUCGGCCUCUCCCGUAGCCGAUCCCCUCCUCGACCUCACCGACUACUUCCAAACCCUAAAUAUCAUCCCCACCACUUCCGAGGUAAGCGAGAUCCUCAAGUCCGUGCGGGGCCCUGACCGUGCGCUCGAGUUUUUCCGCUUCGCCGCCUCCCUCCCCGGCUUUCGCCACGAUUGCUUCACCUACAACCGGAUCCUCUCGAUCCUCGGCAGGGCGGGCGAAAAAUAUGAUCAGUCUAUACGUGAGAUCCUGGACGAGAUGGACCGUGAUGGGGUCAGGGGGAACAUCUCGACUGUCAACAUCUUGAUCAGCAUCGUCGGUGGCGGAGAAAUCAACCGGUGCUCGGAGCUCGUUAAAAAAUGGAAUUUGACGUUUACUGGAUACACCUACAAGUGCUUGAUGCAGGCCUAUGUAAGAUUUCGAGAUGUGGAGGGAGCGUUUCGGAUUUAUGAAGAGUUGAGAAGGAAGGGGCAUAAAUUGGAUAUUUUUGCUUUCAAUAUGCUCUUGGAUUCCCUCUCUAAGGCAGAAAAGGUUAAACAAGCUUACAAAGUUUUUGCAGAUAUGAAAUGUUGUCACUCCAAGCCAGAUGCAUAUACUUACACAAUUUUGAUAAGAAUGCUAGGAAGGUUAGGGAAAACAGAUGAGUUCAUCUCCUUAUUCGAGGAGAUGAUAGUAAAAGGCUGCACUCUCAACAUAAUUGUUUAUAAUACUAUGCUCGAGGCACUUGCUAAGAAUCAUAUGGUUGAUAAAGCUUUAUUUGUAUUUUCCAAAAUGAUUGAGAAUGGUUGUCAACCCAAUGAGUUCACAUAUAGUAUAUUUGUGUUUAUGUUAGCAGCGGAAGGGCAACUAGUUAGACUUGAUCAGGUUGUGGAUGCUGCCAAUAAGUACCUGAAUAAGUCGAUCUAUGCUUAUUUGGUAAAGACACUGAGUAAGCUAGGGCAUGUUAGCGAGGCUCAUCGUAUGUUUUGCAGAAUGUGGAGCUUCCAUGACAGUGGUGACCGGGCUGCUUGUUUGUCUAUGCUUGAGACUCUUUGUAGUGCAGGUAAGACAUCAGAGGCUAUGGAACUGCUGGCCAAAAUAAAUGAGAAGGGGAUAAAUGCCGAUACUGUUAUGUAUAACAUGGUAUUCUCAGCUCUCGGUAAGCUAAAGCAAGUAUCAUGCAUUUAUACCCUUUACGAGGAGAUGAAGACUUCAGGCCUUUUGCCUAGCAUAUUUACUUAUAACAUUCUAAUCUCAAGCUUUGGUAGAGUUGGUUUGAUUGAUAAAGCUUCCGAAGUGUUUGAAGAAAUGGAAAGAAAUGACUGUAACCCUGAUAUAGUUUCCUACAAUUCUUUGAUAAAUUGUCUUGGGAAAAAUGGAGAGCUAGAUGAAGCUCACAUGCGUUUCAUGGAGAUGCAGGAGAAAGGAUUGAAUCCUGAUGUUGUGACAUAUAGUACGCUAAUCGAAUGUUUUGGUAAAUCCAACAAAGUUGAGAUGGCUUGUCGGUUGUUUGAUGAGAUGCUUGCUGAAGGAUGCACUCCGAACAUCGUAACAUACAAUAUUUUGCUUGAUUGCCUUGAGAAGUCUGGGAAGACAGCUGAAGCAUACAAGCUGCAUGCAUCUUUAAAACAACAUGGGCUGACUCCAGACUCAAUAACUUAUUCAAUUCUUGAACGAUUAGCUAGUCGGUCUCACAAUGUCGUGCGAGUUCGCAAACAAAGCCGAAUUACUGGAUGGGUUGUGAGCCCCCUGAGGUAGCAAAGAAGCCUAAUUGCAGAUGUAUAUAUUUAUUUGUUCACACCAUAUCAGGCAUUCCUAUGCUGAUUUUAUAACAAUGUCUAAAUUCCAUUAGAAAAGAUGAAAAUUUUGUUUCUUCAUUGUAUACAAUCACCUGAUUGCAUUGAAGAUAUCCAUUUGGAUAUGGUUGCUGUACGAUCAGAUGGAAAGAUGUCGAUUAUAAUCAUCAUUUUGUAUUCAAAUACUGAUUUUAUUUUUGUUUAUUAAACUUUUAGAUUCUUGCAAAGUUCAAUUACUAGAAUUUGUUUUCUUUUGGAUA